GUGUGUGUGUGUUAGAGUGAGAUUUAAAACCGAUAGGUUGAUGAUGAACACCACAGACUAUUGUGUUGAAAAAUAUCGUCUUAAUUCUUUUUCUUAAUAAGCAGCAAAGCACAUCUCAAGUAAACUAUUGUGACAUUUAGGUGAAACCAUGAUCACAACACCGUGACCGAAAGGGUUUUAAUUGUUGUUGCCUCCUGCUGUGUUUCUCUCACCUUAAGCACCGCUGUAUCCCCUUUCAGCGUGCUCCUGCCACUUGACCAGCUUUUAGAGGUCAGUCUGCCCUGAAUGAGCCGGCGAUGGCUCUGUAACCCUGCAGGGAGCGAUGAGAUCAAAGAUAGCGUGAGCCUUUUACAGAGCGCUUAGAAUAAAUAGCUGCUUCUUGGGCUGUCGCUGUGACAGUCAAAUAAAGGUUAGAGAUCCUCAUUUUUCUGACUGAUUGAAAGACGCCACAGUGGCAGGAGUGUUAUGAGACAGAGCUGAGGAUGAGGUUAAUUACUGUGUGUGUGUGUGUGUGCGUGUGUGUGUGUGUGCGCAGAGGAGCAUAGUGGUCCUGAGACUGUCCCCUCUGGUCUAAAAGGGGAGCGACGCAACCUGAUGCACAGUAGGUACGAGUUAAAGGUGAACAAAUACAGGUUCAUAAAAAGGAAACAAUGAGACAAAGAUGGACUGAUGACGACAUCCACUUGAUUAAUGGGCACUAAAAAAAGAAACCAUUUAUGACUCAUGCUAAACGUUACAAGUGAGUUCUGUUGUAAUUGCAUCGCUGCAUAUUGAAUUGAAUAACAUAUGUUCAGCCGCUUGUGGCAGCAGAAACGAGCUGUUUCCAUCUAAAUGUGGCACAGAGUCAGUCUGGAUGUUCAGAACAGUUCAAGAGGGCAGUCUGGAGGCGGGGGUCAAAGGUCAAGCGUCUUCAUCUCAUAGAAGCCGACCCGGGACGUGUGUGAGUGUGAGGAGAGCUUUGAGCCCAGACGUGGGUGGGGUCGAGUUAGGGUCAAAAGCUUCACAUGACUUUUACCAGUAAAGGUGAAACUAGGAGCCGAGGCGUGAGACCUGCGUUCAGUCGGUGAGAUGUUGUUGUUACCGUAUUCCGCCUGACCCCAAUCUUACCUUAACCCCAACCAGUCGUCGGCUCUGCCUGUCUCCCUGCUUGGCCGGCAGCCACACGGCGCCGCGUCUGAGCCAGUCCACUCGCACACACUGGCCGCUUGUUUGCCUUUCACACUUAUUCCCCCAUGUCAUCACAGUCAUGUGACAGCCCGGCAUCCCAUAAUCCUGUGUGUGAUGUCACAGGUCAGACCAGGUCAGUGAGGCACAAGGUGCAUCAUUAGUCUCUGUUGUUAUAGUUUCUAUGUCAUCUUCAUCAGGUCAUAACAUAGAAAGGUAUUGACAUUUUUAUAUAAAAUAGCUUUUGUGUAACUUCUACUUGGUCCUGUUUGUUAUGGCUCGUUCUCCAUUUCACUGCUUUAGGCGGAACAAGAAUGUCAUUAAGCAGGUCUCUAAUGAGAUUAGCUUCUUUGCUAAACACAACCAACCCCCAACAUACAGUUACAUCACAGCACAGCACCAGUUAUUCUGCAAAAAGUCCAAUGUUGUACUAACACACUGAACCAGACAGGAAGUGGAAGCGUCCUAGUGUUGCUGGCGCCCCCCGGAGGCUGAAAAGCUCAUUAUUGCUGUGGGUUAUGGUUUGUUUUCAUCUGAUGCUCGUGAAGCUGGUACUGCAGCGUGUUUAACGCUUAGGAACGGUUCUUGUGAUGCGGGUUUUUGUCACAUUGGAUCCGUGAGCUGUUUCUGGGCUGAGGCGGUUCUGAGUUGCCUUUGUAGCUCCUUCCCACCCAUUCAUGGUUCUGGGGUCCUGCGGGUCCCGGAGCCAUGGCAGACUGGAUGAGCAAAGGACACGCUGCCGCCUGGUCCGGUCCAGACCAGGUACCAGACGGUGAGGGCGCGGGUCAGGAUGGGCUCAGCGGUGGCUCUGUAGAAGCGCAGACAGAAUUUCUUCAGCUGUAUCGGGAACUUCAUCCUUUGUUGUGUGUUGCUGGUUCAGGGACCUGAUGUUUUUGGUUUACAUCUCUUUGUACUCAUCACUUUUAGCUUAUGCGUGUACUCAUAUUAACUGGACCUCGUUUCAGACUUCUUGGAGUCUUUAAUUUAGAGGAAGCAGCCCAGACCGCCUCUGCUGAGGAGCUCAGGCUCCUCCUGGUGGUCAGAGAGGAAAACACAGUAAUGAAAGACUGGGACAGAAGUUCAGUCAUGAAUGGAGUCGGCUGUUAUGAUGCGUGCAGUGUCUGGUCAGCUGUGUGUUACUGAGGAAGCCCAAUGUAUGUGUCAUGUGACAUCAUGACACUGGGAGCUUGUUCCCACACAGAGGAGAUGGGGGGUCUGUGCAUGAGGACUGAGAAUGCUUGUGCAUCAGUGUAAGGUGUCUGUGGUGUUUGCACAGUGGUUCCUUGUGCACGUGAAGCCUUUAUGCUCCGUUCGUGCCAGUGGAACCUUCUGUCAUUAUUACAGUGUGAGGCGUCCGACAGGAAGCAGGGGGGAAAUGUUUCUGACCCCUGGAAACCUGAGGGAGGGCUGUUCAUUGGAUUUUCCACUGGUAUGUGCUCAAAUGUGUAUAAAUAACACAGAGCUGAUCUAUUUAAUACUUGACCCGACAUUUGUCUUUUAGGUUCUCGUUUAUUCGGUGGCCGUCACUGCAGCACUGUUUCCUUUUUCUUUCAAGUCAUUUUAUUUAUAUAGGAUACAAUGCAGUCAUAGCAAAAGUUGUGUAAAAGCACUUUACAUUGUAAGGUCAAAGGUCACACAACUGUGUAGUUGACCAGCAGUUCUAUUUUAGCAGUUAGAAAAAGAAUUGCUCUUUCUUUAUUUCUUUAAUGUUGUUUAAUGCUGAAAUGAAAAGACUUAAAGUGAAAGUUUACACUUUAGUUCUAGUAUCAAGGCAUUGUUUCCUUCUUGAAUUAACUUUAUUCAGUUUUUGUUGACAGAAAUGAAAUCCUUAAUUAGUGACGUCGGCCAGAUCCUGGCGGUGCGUUCAGGAGACGUUGUUCCAGUCAUCCUGGAUGUGCUGCGUCAUGUUGAGAUCUGCUCUCUGUAGACGUCCUGCCGCUGCAGCACUCAUCUUCCCAAGACUCAAAGCAAAUGAAAAAUUUAAAUGAUCGUACCUGGUACAAUCAGCAAAAUCAAAUCAUUCUAGUGGCAUUUCAGUGUGAGAAACAUUAUCCACAUUCCUCUGCUGGAUUGCUCCCAGAAUGCACCAGUGCCACCGAUACAUAACCACCAGUCCAGCUAAAACAGAUGCAAGUAUUUUAGUGGGAGGCUGCGAGUGCACUGCUGGCAGGCGCUUGAUGCGAUAUGUGCCCGUAAGAUGAAGUCACAAACAUUGCAACUGUAGUCAACUCCCACUCGCUGGGCGACACAGACAGGCCAUUAUGUGGAUGAGUACCAGCUGGUACCACGGGCUCCUCAUCCUUCUCUGCACUUCAUCUGUGGAUGCCUCUAAACCAGGACAUGGAACUGAAUGGGAAGAGCAAACCUGCGAACGGCCUCCUCGCGUGUAUCGCCGCCAUCUGCUUCUGUGCCAUUUCCACGGCUCAAAGACUUUGCCAGGUUCCGCCCGGUCCGGUGACGGUCCCAGAAAACAACACGGCUGACGUUCAGGUGGCGCUGAUCAGCUCCAGCAGCGACGUGAAGUUGAGCAUCUACGUGAACCCUGAAGAUCUGUUCUACCUCAAAGCGAACGCUCUGAUGGUGAAGAAAGGCCUGGACUAUGAGUCUUUGUCUAGUGCGGCGCUGGUCGUGUGGGUGCGAUGCAGCAAAUCUGGCUCCAAAUCUGUCAACGAGUCCGUGGAAGUUCUGGUUGAAAAUGUGAACGAUAACCCGCCGAACUUUGCCCGGAACCACUACACGCUGGAGGUGAAUGAGCUCAGUCCAGUCAACGCCAGCGUUGGACUGAUAGAAGCCACAGAUGUUGACUCAGAACCGCUGUACUACCGCUUAGAACCCGCUCCGGAUAAAUAUUUCCGCCUGGAGAACGUCAACACUCCAAAACUAGUUGUUAAAAGCAUCCUGGACUACGAUGUGGUGCAGAAGAUCUCUCUGGUUCUACAUGUGCAGGACACCUUCAAUGGCUCGGCCUCCAACAAGCCCUUCUUCACGUCUGUGGCCACCAUCACCAUCCAUGUGAAGGACGUUGACAACCGGCCGCCGUGGUUCCAGCCGUGUUUGAGGACAAACCUAGGAAUCGCUAAACUGUGUGUGAGCUCCGGAUACAGAGGCAAAGUCAACCUCACGGAGAAGGAGGAGGGGCCUUUAGUGCUGGAGCCUGGUCCGGUGUUUGCCAAGGAUGGAGACAAGAACCGGAGCGAGCAGAUCAGCUACAGAAUUCUGCGCGGUAACGAGGGAAAUAUUUUCCACAUUGAUGAAGACACAGGAAACAUCACCAUGGCCAAAGCUGCUGAUAUUAUCGGCCCAAUAAUUCUGACCAUUCUGGCGUCACAGGUGACGAACAGGGAUCAAUUUGCAGUAACUCAAGUGACCAUUGAGGUGAUGAAGAAGAGCAGGAACCCCCCUCGCUUUGAGAAGGAGCGGUACGAAGGCUUCAUCUACAGCAACUCUGUGCCUGAGAGCAUGAUCCUGAGGGACAGAGGCACCAACCGGCCCUUCAGGGUCCGAGCCCGCGACGACGACUUCGCUAGUGGUGUGAAUCCAGACGUGAAGUAUGAAGUUCAGUACAGCAGCUACGUCAACGUGACCUCUGACGGCUUCGUGAUCCUGAAGAGGCUUGUUAAGACUGAGUCGUUUGCACUUCAGCUCAGGGCGGUGGAUACAGGCACAGGGGAGUCGGGCACAGCAGCCCUGUCUGUUCAGGUCAUUCCUGCUGAGUCCAUCCCAUCUCCUGCAAACGCCGGCUACCGUCCAGGUGACAUGGCUCUGCUCGGCCUGGUGAUGGCGGCUCUGCUCAUCCUCUGCUUCAUAGUAAUCGGCUUCUUGAUUUCACGCUUGUGGAGAGGAAAUAGCAGCAUGGACAAAAUAUGCGGGUGCUUAGGCCCCUGCCUGAAGUCUGAGCAGCACCAGACUGGCCACAGGGACUCCCUCCAGUACACCAACGACGGCUUCCAGAACGAGGGCGACCAGAGCCGACGCUGGAACAACAUUCUUCCCAGACGGAGCACGUUCCCACAUUCCCGUGGACGGGUCAUUCCCCUGGAGAGACGGAGCCACUGCUCCUCCUGCGGCGUGUACUCGAACCACGUUCCCAAGGGGAGCCCCUCUGCCAGGAGGGGCAGAGGAGACUGGGACGAGUACAGCACGAGGCCAGUCCUGGCCAAGCAGAGGAGGAAGGAGGGCCAGAAGACCGUGUGGUUCAAGGAGAGCGCAGACUCGUCAGACAUCGAGGUGGAGAUAAUUCCCGACAGCGUGGGUCGGGUGGAGGAGGAGACUGAGGAAGAGCUGGAGAUGGACGGGGUUGUCAGAGACCCGGCUGCCCCGCUCAGAGAGCCCGAUGCAGGGCAGGACGACCAGAACCCAGAACCCAGGGAGGAGCAGGAUAAUGGAAGUAGCAGCUCGGAAAAAAACCCUGAAAACCAGGACGACUGACAGGAGACGUCAGCGGGAGAAAACUGAGGUUGCUGUUUGGAAGCCACAGGUGUCAGGACUCCAUGAAAACAGUGGAUAAGUCCAAAGUAUUGGUUUCAAGGAUCAAAGGCUUUUCCAAUGUGGGAAAAAAGUCUCUGUAUGUACAGUAAGUGGUCACACCACACAAACAUGAAAUCACAUUUAUGUUUUAAUGAAAUACAGAUAGCUGCGUCUGUGCUUAUGAAGGACGACUACAGCGUCUGGUCUGACAGACUUUCAGUCAAUAGCCAAAUUAACAAAUAUCGUAGUCUGGUUGUAAAUAAGGUCUGUAGAAACCUUUCACGUGGUGCCACUUUCUAAGACAGCAAUAGAUUGCAACUAAUAUUUAGGGUACAUUUAUUUGUCAUGUGGUAUUUUCUUAUUUCGGGAUUUUAAUAAUGCUUUAGUGUAUAAAACAAAUUAACAUUAGGACAUUAAAGUAACAUCAAGUCAGGAAACGAUACAAUAGUACUGCAACAUAAAUACAUUUGUAAAGUUGCAAUAGUUAAUUAUUUUUAGUAAUAGAGAAAAAAAAAAAAAAAACUUUCCAUCACAUAUUCACGAUAGUUACUAAACUGAGCAUAAGUCAGUUUUGUAUUUUGAGGUAAAUAUGCGAAGGGGCAGGAGCUGUUACUGUUUAGUGUAGGAAAUGUUUUAUUUUGUUAUAAGAACAAAAGUGUAAAUUGUGUCUACUGAACACUCAGUAUUUUCUUGUGUUUAUGUAACCAUUUAAGAAUAAAUGUAAAAUAAAAGGUUUUUGUACAAUAAGGUGAUUUGGACAAUAAUAAAGCAAUAAAAUGUCCAAUUGUUUAAUGUUAAAUAAAAAGUAGAAUAAACUGAUUUUUAAAAACUGUU